CCUACUGUAUUUGUUUACUGUAUUACUGCAUAAUAACGGCAUAACGGAAAAUAUUACAUUUUCAUAUCGACAUCUUGUUGUGUCCCACACCUAGUUAAUAUCGAGAAACUCCCGUCACUAAUUGAUUUGUUGCUAUUUGCAAAUUUGUUUGUUUUUGAAACUUAAGAAAGAAAUGGGUGAAGAAACUAUUAACUCCACGCAAAACAAAACCAGGACGAAAACCACGCGACCCAAGGCAGUGUACCUGUGGACGGUCAGCGAUGUGUUGAAGUGGUAUCGACGCCACUGCGGGGAAUACACCCAGUACGAGCAGCUCUUCGCCCAGCACGAUAUAACCGGACGGGCUCUACUACGGAUCACAGACUCCUCACUGCAAAGGAUGGGCGUUACAGACAACAGGGAUCGGGAAGCCAUUUGGCGGGAGAUCGUAAAACAGCGACUUAAGACGGACAUCAUGGAAAUCCGGGAUAUGGAGAGGCUCAACAUUUACUAGGAACAAAAUAUAUUCAAAUUCCUUACUACGAUAAUAGAACAUUUAAAGAUUAAUGUGGUUAUGAUGUAAACCUUCUUUUUAAGAUUCUUAGACGCCAUAUCAGGUUUUAGAUUAGACAAACAAAUAUAGAAAAAAGGAAAA